CUUAGCUGCUUUCCCGAAUCCUAUUCCCAACUUCCAAAAGCUUUGCUGCUCCCAGAAAUCUCACGCCCACGUAUCCCCGCUGCUCUAGCUUCACCGGCGCAACCGCCUGGUUGCACGUCUCGUCGUCGGUGCCGACCAGGUUCUGGGUACUGCUGCUGCUGCUGCUACAGCGCGGGAGCCCCUCGGCUUCCACAUGCCGGUCAGGACCACGUCUUCCUCGCUGUUGCUGCGUUGCUGGUCCUGGUUUCUCAGGAGCAAGCUUGUGAAGUGCACUUGUGUUGUCCGUAAGUGUUACAAUGGCGGGGCUGGUGGUCACCAUGGCGAUCCGCCCGCUGGUGUCCAUGCUGAGGGACAAGGCGUCCAGCUACAUCCUCGAUGAGUACAAUGUGAUGGAGGGAAUGGAGAAGCAACAUAGGAUUCUGAAACGCAGGCUUCCUAUCAUCCUGGACGUCAUCACCGACGCCGAGGAGCAGGCCGCAGCACACAGAGAAGGAGCUAAAGCUUGGCUCCAGGAGCUCAAGACAGUGGCCUAUGAGGCAAAUGAAGUCUUUGACGAGUUCAGGUAUGAAGCGCUCCGCCGUGAAGCAAAGAAGAAUGGACACUACAAAAAGCUUGGCUUUGAUGUUAUAAAACUCUUCCCUACCCACAACCGUGUCGUGUUCCGUCACAGAAUGGGUAGCAAGCUUUGCAGGAUUCUAAAAGAUAUCAAUGUCCUCAUAGCAGAGAUGCAUGACUUUGGGUUGAGGCAGACAUUAUUGGUGUCCAAUCAGUUGAGGCAGACACUGGUGUCCAAGGAGUGGAGGCAGACAGAUUAUGUCAUCAUCGACACACAAGAAAUUGCCAGCAGAUCCAGACACGAAGAUAAGAAUAAUAUCAUCGACAUACUACUUGCUGAAGCUAGCAAUGCAGAUCUCGCAGUAGUUCCCGUUGUUGGAAUGGGGGGCCUUGGCAAGACCACAUUAGCGCAACUCAUAUACAAUGGACCUAAAAUUCAGAAGCAUUUUCCGUUGCAGCGCUGGGUCUGCGUCUCUGAUACCUUCGAUGUGAAUUUGGUGGCUAAGAGUAUAGUUGAAGCACCCCCCAAGAAAAAUGAUGAUACGGACAAACCAGCACUGGAUAGACUUCAAAAAUUGGUCAGCGGGCAGAGGUAUCUCCUUGUAUUGGAUGAUGUCUGGAACAGAGAGGUCCAUAAGUGGGAAAGGCUGAAGGUCUGUCUUAAGCAUGGUGGCAUGGGUAGUGCAGUGUUGACAACAACCCGUGAUAAACAAGUUGCUGAGAUUAUGGGUGCAGAUAGAACCUACAAUCUCAAUGUUUUGAAGGAUAACUUCAUCAAGGAAAUUAUUGAUACUAGAGCAUUCAGUUUAGAGAUUGAAAAGCUUCCUGAGCUACUCGAGAUGGUUGGUGAGAUUGUGAAGAGAUGUCGUGCCUCUCCUUUAGCUGCAACUGCUACUGCACUGGGAUCUGUACUUCGUACCAAGACUAGCGUGGCAGAAUGGAAGGCUAUAUCAUCUAGAAGCAGUAUUUGCACUGAGGAAACAGGAAUUUUGCCAAUACUCAAGCUUAGCUACAAUGAUCUGCCAGCACACAUGAAGCAGUGCUUUGCUUUCUGUGCCAUAUUUCCCAAGGAUUACAAGAUUAAUGCGGAGAAGCUUAUCCAACUAUGGAUCGCCAAUGGCUUUAUCCCAGAACAGGAGGAAGAUAGUCUUGAAACCAUUGGAAAACAUAUUUUCAAUGAGCUAGCAGCAAGGUCAUUCUUUCUAGACAUAGAAGAAUUUAAGGGCGACGGGGAGUAUUGUUUCAGAACUACAUGCAAAAUCCAUGAUCUUAUGCAUGAUAUUGCGAUGUCUGUUAUGGGAAAGGAAUGUGUCGUUGCAAUUAAGGAACCAAGUCAAAUCGAGUGGCUUUCGGAUACUGCUCGACACUUGUCCUUGUCAUGUGAAAAAACAGAAGGUAUUUUGAAUGAUUCUUUGGAGAAAAAAUCCCCUGCGAUUCAAACACUGAUAUGCGAUAGUCCUAUUCGAAGCUCAUUGAAGCAUUUAUCAAAAUACAGCUCUUUGCAUGCGUUGAAGCUCCGUAUGUGGACAAAAUCAUUUGCACUGAGAUCGAAGUAUCUACACCACCUGAGGUAUCUUGAUCUCUCGUGCAGUGAUAUCAGAUCACUUCCUGAAGAUAUAAGUAUUCUAUAUAACCUGCAAACGCUGGACCUUUCCAACUGCUCUUAUCUUGAUCGACUUCCGAGGCAAAUGAAGUAUAUGAGUUCCCUCCGCCACCUAUAUACUCAUGGAUGUCCGAAGCUGAAGUGCAUGCCCCCAGAAUUAGGAAAACCCAAUAAGCUGCAAACGCUUACAUGUUUCGUAGCAGCAGCAGUUAUUGGACCAAAUUGCAGUGAUGUUGCAGAGCUGCAGCAUUUAAACCUUGGUGUCCAGUUAGAGCUACGUCGGAUAGACAAUGUUACAGAAGCAAAAGCAAAAGUGGCAAACCUUGGAAAGAAGAAGGAUCUCAGAGAACUGACAUUAAGACGGACUUUUCUGUUUGUGACAACAAGGUGCUCGACAAUUUUGAACCACAUGAUGGGCUAGAGAUUUUGAAGAUAUAUUCCUAUGGAGGAGAGUGCAUGGGUAUGUUGCAAAACAUGGUUGAGAUCCAUCUAUUUCAUUGCAAAAGAUUGCAAGUUUUGUUCUGAUGCAGUUCAAUCUUCACUUGUCCAAAACUGAAGGUGCUUACGCUAGAACAUUUGUUGGGUUUUGAGAGAUGGUGGGAAAAAGAUGAGAAGCAAGAAGAACAGACAAUAUUUCCUGUGCUUGAGAAGUUGUUUAUUAGUAAUUGUGGAAAGUUGAUAGCAUUACCUGAAGCACCAUUGCUGUGAGGACCUUGUGGUGAAGGUGGUUAUACAUUGGUACUCUCAGCAUUUCCUGCCCUAAAGGUACUCAAAAUGAAAACCUUGGAGAGAUUUUAGAGAUGGGAUGCAGUCAAAGAGACUCAAGGAGAACAUAUAUUGUUUCCUCGGCUUGAGAAACUAUCGGUUAAAGACUGCCCCCAGCUGAUAGAUUUACCUGAAGCACCAUUGCUUCAAGAACCAUGUAGUGAAGGUGGUUAUAGAUUGGUACGUUCAGCCUUUCCUGCCUUAAAGGUGCUGGAAAUGAUAUGCUUGGGGAGCUUCCAGAGAUGGGAUGCAGUCGAAGGUACAUUGUUUCCUCAGCUUGAGAAAUUGUCAGUCCAUAAAUGCCCAAAACUGGUAGCAUUGCCCGAAGCACCAAAACUCAGUGCACUAUACAUUGAAGAUGCCAAGCAAGAGAUCUUCCACUGUGUAGACAGGUAUUUAUCUUCAUUGACCAAUUUGACACUAUGGCUAGAACACACAGAAACAACAUCAUAGGUUGAAUGCACUUCAAUUGUGCCGGUGGAGAGCAAGGAGAAAUGGAACCAGAAAUCCCCUCUUUCACUUAUGAGGCUAAGAUGUUGCAACUCAUUCUUUGGAGAUGGUGCACUAGAGCCAUGGGACUAUUUUGUACAUCUUGGAGAGCUGGUAAUUUACAGAUGUGGUGUGCUCGUCCACUGGCCAGAUAAAGCAUUCCCGGCUUGGUAUCCUUGAGGCGAUUGGAGAUUAGAAACUGCAAAAAUCUGACUGGAUAUGCAGAAUCUCUUGAGCCAUCAACAUCCGAAAGGAGUCAAUACCUGCCAGGUCUGGAGUCCCUUAAUUUAUAUGAUUGUGCAAAUUUGGUAGAGAUGUUCAACGUCCCAACAUCUCUCAAGAAAAUGUUUAUUACUAGCUUCAUGAAGCUUGAGUCCAUAUACGGCAAGCAGCAGGUCAUGUCAGACUUACUCCAAGGAUCUUCUUGCAGUGAGGCAAUCAUACCUGCAGCUGUAUAAGAGUUUCCAUCCUCACCCAUGAAUCACUUUUGUCCAUGCCUAGAUCAUCUUCAUUUAUAUAUAUGUGGAAGCUUACCAACGGUUUUGAACCUUCCUCCGUCCUUAAAAUACAUUCGUAUUGCUAGAUGUAGUAGUAUUCGAGUCCUAUCAUGCCAGCUGGGUGGGCUUCAGAAACCAGAAGUCACUACCUCUAUAAGCAGAAGCCCUACCAUGCCAGAGCCACCACCAGCUGCUGCAGCUACACGAGAGCAUUUACUUCCUCCCCAUAUCAAUACUCUAGGAAUAAAGGACUGUGAUGGCAUGUUGGGGACUCUCCUUCUGCCUGCACCACUCAAAAGACUGGCAAUUAUUGGCAACCGUGGGUUGACAUUGUUGGAGUGUCUGUUGGUAGAGCACCCCCCAUCGCUGGAAUUCGUUCAUCUUAAAAGAUGCAGUACCUUGGCAUCCCUACCGAAUGAACCACAAAUAUACAGAUCUCUCCAAGGGCUUGAAAUUAAAGGUUGUCCUGCUAUAAAGAAGCUCCCUAGAUGCCUGCAGCAGCAACUGGGCAGCCUCAGGCUCAAAUAGAGAGGACUAGAUGACCGUCAUGAAGUGAUGGCACUUAAACCAAAGACAUGGAAGGAGAUACCAAGACUAGUCCGUGAGGGGAGGCAUGCCGCUCGAGAAGCCAAGGAGCGCCAGCAAUCCAUCAUGCAGGAGUAAACAGGUCGGAAACCACGUAGAAAGGGCAUGGAUUUUGUUUGCUCUGGAUAAUGUACAAGAUUAUGUCGUGAUUGUAAUCAAUCGGCUUUGUUGAGCUUUGGCCUCUACCUUGUAGAGAUAUUUGUAAUGCGAAUCAAAAGAAUUUCUCCGGUUCAGCAGAAGUUAGGAUAAUAUACUCACUUGUGUGUCUGAGCUAUCGAUGUAUCAAUUUGUUUUUGCUUUGCUUCGUUAACUGAGAAGACACCAGCUUGUUCAAUAAACUUUUUCAACUGUGGCUUUAUCUGUGGAUUUUCUUGGAUGAUAGUCCUGAUCCCUUAUUGUUGCUC